AUGUUUUCCAACGGUCUCAUCUCCUGGUUCUCCUCCAAGGAGUCUACUCCAAACCCUACCUCAAUUGCUACCAGCAUCGAGAACCACCAACCCAUCAGCCCAAAGGCCCCCACCACCGACCGUAUGGUGACCGAGCAGCCUAACUCCCAGGAGAAUAUGAUGAAGCUGCGUGGCGGCGGCGCUGGUGAUGUCUGCUGCGGCCUUUGCGCCGGUCUUCUCUGCUUCGAGUGCUGUGAGAAUUGCUGCUGA